AUGAUUUCCCUAUGCACACUCUUUUUACGACCCACAGGACGUUACCUGGACGACACUGCUCGUAACUUCCGCCUGCAACUGAAACAGGCAAUGCAGGUGCGUGCACCAAAGGGCAAGUCGGCACCGGCCCCGUCGCCGCCCGAACCGCCUACAAGUGCAACUAUCUGGAUCGCGAAGGCCUAUCCUCCGUGGCAGGUGAAGUUCCCUGACAUUUUUAUCCCUUGGGUUGUUUAUUUAUCCUCACUCCCUGUUGUUAGAGGCGUCACAUUUGCAACCAUUGACUACUAA